CUCUGAGGAGGAAGAAGAGAAAGUUAAAAAAGGUCAAAAGAACCAAAAGAAAAAUGGUAAAUCAGGAAAGAAGAGAAGACCAUGUUUGCUAGGAAAAGCAUGUCACAAAAAAAACCCAGGCCACUUUAAUGAAUUCUGCCAUCCCGGUGACUCUGACUAUGGCAGUGAUGGAGAGGAGGAGAGUGAAGACAAAGAAGAGGAAGAAGCAAAUGAAAGCACAAGGAAAACCCCACAGAAGACUAAAGGCAAUAAAGACAAAAAAGGAGAUGAAGAAGAAGAAGAAGAAGAAGAAGACCACGAAGAUGAUGGCAAAGAGGAUGAGGAGAAUGAGCCUGAGGAUCAGGGCAAAGAAUCGGAUCCUGAGGAGCAGGAAGGGUCUGAUUAUGACCCAGAGGGAGAGGAGGGGGAUACUAAAAAACUUAACAAAGAGUCCAAAGGCAAAAGCAAAAAGGCAGUAAAACCUGUUCGAACAAAGUGAGACAAUGGGAAAACAGGAACUUGACAAUGCGAUUUUUGGUAACCUUGUGUUACUAAAUCUUCACAGGUGGAAUAUUCAUCAUGAAUGUUGUCAAGGGCUUUUUUUUUUCAACAUUGAUUUCUAUGUACAUUAAGCUCGAAACAGCUGCAAUUCCAAACAUUUUCAGCAUCUCUGCUCUUGAAAAGAAGCCCAAAUUUUACACAAAUUCUGAAAGUCGACCAUUGCCCCUGAGCAGGUGGCUCGCCUUACACAAGAUUUUCAGUUAUCAAGAAUUGUUUAUUUUAAAAUUUCCUUUAGAGCUCUCAAGCUCAGGGUGGCAAUCAAUAGUUUUUACAUAAUUUCAAGGGUAUUUUUUUCAAUUCCCCUGGUGCUGCACAAUAACCCUAAGUAAGAAACACCAGCAUUUCACAAUGACAUAUGUCAGUAAUGGUUAGACGUAUGCUUCCAGUUUUAAUUGUUGUACAUGUCAAAUUUAUUAGUCUGUAUGUUAUUCUUAGAACCAAGAAUUAUGAUUUGUCUGUUGUAAAUAUUUGAGCUAGGUUGUCAUUUUUGGGCAAUUUCUGAUGCUCUGCAUAUUUGCUUUCAUUUUAUUCCUUUCUCCCAGUUUUACAUGACAGUUUAUGAAACCUUCUGUGUUUUAAGUCUGCAAACAACUCCUAGUUUUAAGCAUUUCCAAAAUGAUGUGCACCCUUUAUAUAACAGUUUCAAACAGUAUUUUAUCAGAAUUUAUAAUAUUAAAUCAUAUCUGUUAUGAUCAACAACAAGAUAAGAUUUAUGUGUGGGUCAUUCCACAAAAAAGUUAUUUGUGUCAUGGCAGUAUCUUAAAUUACUGUUGAUUUCUUUCCAUAUUGGAGGGUACUAUUAUAGCAUAAAUUACGAAAAUAAGUUGGGAUAAUGCAGAUAUUGUACAAAAUAUGUGCAUCACUGACCUGAUGCAAAUGUCCAUUUUUUUGUGGAAUAACCUGCCUACAAAAUAGUUGUUGUUACAUUUGUGGAAUAUAACAGAAGAGAUUUAAUGCACGUGCCUAUACAUUUUUAUUGCAGAUUGAAGUUUUGACCAGUCCUGUGGGUUUUAGGUGAUAGACUAGGUAGAUAUUAUUUCAACAGCACCUUAGAGACUAUUCCCAGGGAUAUCGUACUAACUUUGGAUUGAUCUAUCUCCAAGGGGAUUCUCACUGUAUUGCUGUCAACUUAAGCGGCUUAAUGUCUGUCACACCUACUAAAGUUGUUAGGGGGUAAUUAACUUCUGGAGGCUGAGUUAAUUACCCCAUAGCUGAUUCGAAAGGCGUGACAGACAUCUAAGCUGCUUAAGUUGGUAGUGAUUUAACGUGAAUCCCCAUGGAAAUACACCAAUCCUGUUGGAUCGAUCUAGGCAUGGAAACCCAGUCUUGCAUUUUUCCAUUUCCUGCAGCACUUCAUCACUGGUGAAAAUAAAACUGUAGAAGGCUACCCAUGAUUUACAACACUGCCUUCAUUCAAAAUGUAUGUUGGUGUUGGCAAUGUGUUCUUGACUACCAAAAGCUACCAUUUCCCCAUCAAGCACAGCAGAACCAAUCUUGUCUGCUGCCUUGUCAUUUUGGGUUUGUUUCUGUACAUCUGUCCGUCCAUUGGUCAAAAUUGUGCCCCCUACCUGUGAACUUUCUCAAAUGAGAAGUUCUCUCCUAGCAAUUGUUCAUUCUUUUCUUUAAGCAAGUUGUUAUUAUUUCAUUUGAAGAUGACCAAAGCAGUUAAACUCUGUGAGGUUUGGUAGCUUUUGUAAGCAGUCAAGAUGUGGUGUUCUUUGCCUAUGAAGCUCCCAAAUAACCCUGUUGUAUGAACUUUUUGGGCAGCAACUUCAUGAAGUAAAAGGACCAAAUUAACAAGCCUUGCUAACUUAAGUUGUUUUUUCAAUACUUAUGAUGCUCAAACAUGGCUUCCUUUUGUACUGCAGCUUUCUCCAGUAGAAAUUCUGGUUGUUUUUGUAUUUGUAAAUAGUCAUACAUGGGCUUUUUUUAAUUUUACACAAUUCUAAAGUUUGCAUCUGUACCAUGUAAUACUUGCCUCUUUCUAAUGACAAACAUUUUAUUUGUAAUUAUACUGACAACAUUUAUUGCAUUAUAAGGUUUCUUUUGAUAGACCUUUUUAUUGUAUAAAUAUUUUGCUUAAAAUGGUUUGAAAUGUUCUUAAGUGAACCAGAGCUGUAUACAGAGAGACAUUAUCAGUGCGUUGAUUCAAACUAGUCGUUAUUUCAGCAGACGAUCAGUAUUGUCACCAUGUCUUGUUCAGUUCCAGGAGGCAUAAGACGAUAUCGAAUGACAUUUUAAAUAUUGUGCCGGGAGACGGGGGUUCCAUCUUUAAUGUAGCUGUAUUGUAAUAUGCUUAGUUUGUUUUGGUGAACCUCUUGAAGAAAGUUUUGGUAAAUGAGGCCGAUAUAAAUCUGUAGUUUUUCAAUGUGGCACAUGCAAGAAUCAUAUAAAUGUAGUCUGUAAGGUCAGUGCUAGGUUAUCAUAGUGGAAUAUAUAUUUGUAGUAUAGACAAAUAAAUGUACAUUUCGUAGUA